AUGGUGUUGCAAGAAAAUGCUCCCGUCCUGAAAACUGAAGAAGCCAUCACACAGCAUACCAAAGAUCCAACGAAAGAUACUGCAUUGAGUUCCAGCAAAUCAUCCUCGGAUAUGAUCCUACAGACAAUCCAAUGUACCGAAAACAACUGGGAACUGCUGCUCGAUUGUUUGUGUUGCUCUCAGGCUGAGCCUGUCCUCGACGAUGCCUCCACCAAAUUGAUUGCCGACUACAUCGAAACGAAGGAAUACCUCAAUCUGAUUCAGGUUGGCGGUGAUGACGAUGACAAUGCCAGUUGUGGUUCCAUCAGUACCAAGGGCUCAAUGUGCAGCAGUACACACUCGGGAGGCCACCGUGGACCAUUGUCCAUCAUGAGAACAUCCUCAUUACUGCUGCAGCGGCCAUCCAUUCUGAAACGGCAGGACAGUCAGCAUUCUGGAAAAUCAGCACGAUUCAACGAAAUGAUGAACGAAACAGUCGAGUACUCUCUAGAUUUCUUGGAUCAACAAGACGACAAUCAUGAUGACGAUGGCGACGAUGAUAUCAAUUCGCUUGGUGCCAAUACCACCAGAAGUGCAGGAGGACAAGCCAAGUACUUGACUCCCAACAAGAGCAUGGACCUUCGGAACGAUCAACGGUUUGAUGCUAGCGUUGUGGGCACCUCGUCCAAGGAUGACUCGGUCCAUCCUCGUAUUAUGAAUCUUGAUCUGAUGGAUGCCUUCCAGAAUCAUCUGCCAUACACCAAAAGGGGCCAACUCUUUUGGCUCAAGUAUUCCAUGGUGCGCGAUGGUGCCAGCAUGCAUACGCUGCUUCAGAAGACGGAAGCCUCCCAAUAUAACAUUAUUGCUAUUGAGACAAUGGAAGGAGAAGUGUUUGGUGCUUUCACGUCCCAGGCCUGGAACAUUAGUGUGAAUUUUUAUGGAACUGCAGAGAGCUUUUUGUGGAGACUGGAGGGUCUUCGAGGUGCAACAACAACGCAGUCAUCAGACUCCUCUUGUUCCAAUAAGGAAACCAUGGAAGUGUUUCCAUUUGCUGGAAACAAUUGGAAUAUUCAGCUCUGCACUGCCGACAGCCUUUCUGUAGGUGGUGGUCAUCCCGACGAAACUACUAGUGUCAAAGAUUAUGAUGGAGAUAAUGUCAAUGGCGAUAUCAAAAUGUCCGAGUGGGGAUUUGGAAUCACAAUCGGGGAGGAUAUGCAAAAGGGUACCAGCUCACCCUGCAUUACAUUUGAAAGUCCAUCUCUAUCCAAAUUUCAUAAAGAUGGAUCGAGCUUUGAAAUUAGCAAUAUUGAAGUAUGGUCCCUCACGCCAUGCAAUAGCUUGAAGCAGGCAACCAAACUCGAGCAAACCAAACAGUUGAUUCAACGAUGCAGAACAUUUUGA